GUUGCCAGUCACAAGUCAACGUGCUUUUAUUUCGAUCCAAUCGCCAUUCACAUUGUUAAUAUCAGCUGUUCAACAAAACAAAAAUGUAUCAAAAUUUCAAUUAUCUAUUUAAAAUCUAUGUAAUCUAUUUAGCGUGCUAUGUGUCUCCUUCGAAUGCUGAGCUGUCUGGCCUGCUGAGUGCUCUGCAAUAUUUUGGCCUCUAUGGCGGAUCGGAGUCCUUGGGACAGUCGCGCGGCCAGUGCCAGUAUUCAUUCGAGUCUUUCGCUUUGCUGGGAGAUCGCCACACUUGCGCGCCAGACGAUGAGCAUAUAUUGCACCUGACGCAGCUGCCACCGCAGCGAAAGCCGCCCAUCAUGAUCAAGUGCCUGCAGCCGGAGCCAGCGGCCGACAAUGGCAAUGGGACUGUGACUGUGCCCAAGCUGCUGAUGAUGAAGAGUGCCAAGGACAUUGUGAACCUGCUGAAGCCCAUUGGCAAUGCCACCAAGCGGCACGAACACGGCAGCUGUGUGGUUGUUCACUUUUGCACGGCCACGAGCCUGGAGUGCUCGCGCGUAGCUCCAGUGAUAAACCUGCUGCCGCAUCUCUUUCCCACGCUACCCGUCGCCUACAUCGAUGCGUACGAGUUUACGCCGUUCAAUGCCGAGUUCGGCAUUGUCUCGCUGCCCACGCUGAUGAUCUUCCAUCAGGGACGACCGUUGCUCAAGUACGACACCUCCUGGACGGACGCGGAGAAGCGCGCCUUUGGCACGUUCAUCAUGCGGCACACCAACGUAAAGACCGUGGACCCCAACAGCAUAGAUCCACAAAUUAUGCUGCGAACACUCACCGAGCCGCUGGCCAAUACGCCCGAGGUGCAGACCGACUACUACCUGGGCAUGGCCUGGGCCUUUAUCCUGCUAUGCCUGGCCAACUAUGUGCGCGGCACAGUCUUCUGGAAGCAGCUGGUGGCCAUGGUGCAGCGCAACUGGCGCGAGUCCGAGGAGACGCAAAUGGAUGUCGUGGACUAACAGGCCAAAGGGGUGGCGGGGGUGGGAGCUUCGGGAACGAAGUACAUUCAGACAUACGCUUCACAUUUUACUAAUGUAAUGUAUUUAAUGGUUUAAUUAAAUUCACAUCAACGUUA